GCCCUGGGGAGAAUUGGAAAUUUAAGAUAUGUUGUUCUAAAAUAUUAAACAGUAUUUUUAUCCACUGAAUGAAAUAACUUAUUUCUUAAUACUUGAUAGGGGAAACCAGAUUGGAUAAUAAUUUGUCUUAAAUGUUUAUUAGUGCAAGGUUUAUUAUCGAAUUCAAUCUCACCAGUGUAUAAUAAGAGAAGGACUGGAGUAAUUUUUGAAUAGGAUAGGUAACUUUUCAUUAAUAUUUUAUACAUGAGGAUAUUGCAUUAAUAACAGUGAAAAUUUGCUUUGGAUGACAAGCAAAUCCCUGUCUUAGAGUGAAAGUAUUGUAAUCUAGAAUAUUGCCCCUUCCAUCCAUUAUGUCUGUUACUGACCAAAUAUUUUUAUUUACCCUUUCUUCAUAAAAAAUGGGUUUGUUCCUGUGUAGAAUAUACUUGUUAUUUCAGAUAGGGGUAUUGUAGGGUGUAAAGUUGUGAGCUCUCCCGCACUUUUAAAUAAACGAUUAUUUACGUUAAAUGCGUAAAUCUGGAUUACUCAAGGGAGUGUAAAUGCGGAGAUGACGUAGCCAAUGAAGCUCCGCCCACAUCAGUUCACGGGAGUUUAAACACUGAGGAGAAUCCCCCAUUUUAAGCAAACAGGAGGAAUUACUGCUGGAGAAACAACUGACACUGUUGUAAAGAUGGAGACUGAGGAAGAACCCUGCAGAAUGAGACACGACGCUACAAAGAAACGAGCAGGUGCAGUGAAAGCGAAUAAAGACAAACGAAAUCGAUUUAAAAAACCUCUCGAUGCCACUAAAGAAAAUGCAGACAAAGUCACGGAGAAGACUCAAAGACAACCAAAAGCUCAAAAAACUGAUGUCAAGAAAAAAUUUGCUUGUUCCGAGUGUGAAAAGAGCUACUCGCGUAAACCAGAUCUUACAAGACACAUGAGAUUUCACACCGGAGAAAAUCUGCUUACGUGCACUCAAUGUGGGAAGGACUUCACAGAUAAAGUAAAGCUGGACAUACACAUGAGACUUCACACCGGAGAACGACCGCAUGCAUGCAAAAUGUGCGGGCAGACGUACAUACACCUAGGAGAUCUUACCAGACACAUGAGAGUUCACACUGGAGAAAAGCCGUAUUCGUGCGCUCAGUGUGGACACAAAUUCAUUGACACGAACGCCCUCAAAUAUCACAUGACGAUUCACACCGGAGAGAAACGCAUGUUCGCUUGCACUCAGUGCGAGAAGAGCUACACAUCUAAAACGCAACUCUUGAACCAUCAGCUCUAUCACACCGGAGUGAAGUCGUUCAGCUGUGAUCAGUGCGAUAAAACGUUUACUCUACUAACAUACCUGCAACGCCAUCGGAAAGUCCACGCUGCCGUAAAGCCGCACUUCUGCUUCUGUGGAAGAGGUUAUACGUCAAUGCAAAAGCUCAAAGAGCACGAGCGUAUGCACACCGGAGACAAACCUCACAUGUGUUUUGACUGCGGAAAGAGAUUCGUGACGGGAACUCGAUUAAAAUUACACCAGAGGGUGCACAGCGACGAGAAACCGUACACCUGUUCGCACUGUGAGAGGAGUUUCGCUUAUUCUGAAUCCCUGAAAGCUCAUGAGAUAACGCACACCGGAGAAAGGCCGCACAAGUGCUCACAUUGCAAGAAAAGGUUUGUUCAUUUGCCUAGUCUGAGGGCUCAUAUUAAAAAAAAGCGAUGCCCAAUGCUGCCUGAGUGAGAAAUACUACAGAUACACUGUGAAAUAUUGGCUGCGUCCGAAACCGCAUACUUCCAUACUAUAUAGUACGCCAAAAUCAGUAUGCGAGCCGAGUUGUAUGUCCGAAUUCAUAGAAUUCGAAAAACAGUAUUCGAGAAGUACCCGGAUGACUUACUACUUCCGGCAAGAUUCCGGAGUGCGCAUCCCAUGCAUGCUGCGCUAUCCCAUAAUGCCCCGCGAGCGAAUUCAUGAAUGGAAGUAAAGCGACGCAACUGACGCAGGUAGGUCACGUGACCAUGACAAAAUGGCGGAUGUAGUACGUCCGAAUUCCAUUCAUGCUUUUCAUAUCCAUACUGUAUAGACCGUACUUUUCUAACGGCCGAGUAGUACGUUUAAAUUCAAAUGCAGUACCUACUGAGUAGUAGGCGGUUUCGGACGCAGCCAUUGUGUUUUAAGGACGUGUUCUGUUUAUUUGCCGUUGUGAAUGGCAUUAUGGGAUGUUGAUUCCUGCUCUGUCGACUUUUAAUGUUGAAAAUUUAACUCUGCAGUUUAACAGUGACUUUUAUUGACAUUUUAGGAUGCAUUAUUACAUUUUUCUAUGUUAAAUAUUGCGAUUCGAAUACAAUUAGGUGGUUUGACUAGCUCUAUUUGAUGUUUCUAGAGAGUCUAACAGUAUUUAGGUACAGAAAUUGAAUAAUCGCAAUGCAAAAAAAUGCUUUUCUUACUUUUGCUUUGUCUAAUACAAAUAUCUAAGUUAAGAUCAGAUUAAGUAAAAAAUAUUGUUUUGUUUUUUAAGUUUGGAAGAAAUUAGCCAAAAAUAAGAUUUUUUUUUUUUUCCUUAACACAAGCAAUGAUCUGCCAAUUGCUUUAAAAUGUACAGUGCUCAGCAUAUAUGUCUACACCCCUCACAAAUCUCUCUUAUAAAUUCAUAUUAUUAAUAGGAAGCUAUACAAAAUUAUAUUUGUGUAUGCAUUAGAUUAGUGC